AGUACUAUUUAAAUACUAUUUAAUAAAAAAAACUUACUGAGCCCAAGGGUUUGAACGGUAGUGUAUUUGCUGUUAUUUGUCCUCUCUGCUCUCUAUGUGCCAGUAUCGGCCAUUAAAUCAAUCGAUAUUAAUCAAGCACUCAUUCUGAUUAUGUGGCAUGUGGGGAGGAGUCUGUAAAGCUGUUAAUUGUGUUUGUUUGUCAGGAGUGCGCGGAGUAAGGUGAGAACUACGACCGUGUAAAGCUCCUGGAGAUCAGUGCUGAAGAUGCAGAGAGAUGGGAGAGAAAGAAAAAGAAGAAAAACCCAGAUCCAGGAUUCUCAGUGGAGAAGAUUUCCACCCCACCUCCAACAGUCUGAUUCACGGGACUCACAUCCCGUCUAAGAAGAGCAUCGAGCGCAUGGUGGACGGCGUGGAGAAGCAGAUUGAAAAGCGCUUAAAAUACAGUCGCCGCAGGGCUUACAACGAUGAUGCUGACAUCGAUUUUAUCAAUGAAAGAAAUGCUAAAUUCAACAAGAAGGCUAAACGUUUCUACGGCAAAUACACAGAGAUCAAACAGAACAUGGAACAGCCAUGUAACUAUGGACACUGUUACUAUGGAUAACCCUCCCCAAUCGCCAAGCAACAAGAAGUCAUGUACAAAUAUUUCUAAGAAAUGCUUCUUUGAGAUUUGUCGUCUCUGUAGUGGUCUUGUGAAUUAUUAUUAUUAUUAUUAUUAUUAUUAU